AUGGCCUCCAGAUACAGCUCCUCCAAGCCGGUCGUCCACCAGGCCCCGGCCUCCAUCAGCAGCGCCUACUCGGCAUCAACAGGCUCAUACGCCUCAUCAAGAGGCUCUUCCACCCCUCGCUCCAUCUCUCCCAGCGACGAGGCCUACCUCCGUGUCUACGGUGCGGACCAGCACCGAGCUGCCAUCAAGGAGAACAGCGGCGUCACCAUCAUCAACCGCAAGCAAUCCGGCUACGACGCCCACGCUCCAUCACCACACUACGGCGGCGGAUACUCGCGCCAUUAG